AUGUCGAGGAAAGCUAGUAAGAGGGUGAGUUUCAGUCCUGAUGUGAACGAGAAGCCGAUUCUGUAUCUGAAACAGAGUGGUGGCAAUGGCACCAAAGUAGGUGGAAGCAGGAACAGGGUCACUGGAAUUUGGGCUUUCAGGCUGCUCAAAGAUACAACAGAACUCCCUGCACCCAUCAAAUUACUACGCACACUCAGGGCUAAGGUGGCCAGAGCUGUGUGUAUUAUAUCUGCAAGAAGUAGGACUUCAAGGAAGGUGUCUUCCUCCAACCACUUGACAAGGUCACGCUCUGUAUCUGAUCCCAUCGAGUCUCAUCGAGCCGAAGCUUUAGAGGACUGCAUCGAGUUCUUGAACUCUGCUGCUUCUUUGCAGAGGAGCAAUUCUGUUACUUCAAAUUCUUGUUAA